AGAGUAACUAAGUUGCUAUUAGCUACUAAUAGCUACGAUUUUUGCCAAAUCGAAAGGUCCUCAUAUCUAGUUUGCUUAUUUUACACUUAACCUCACUUUUAUUACAUGUUUGUGAUCAGUUUUUGCAAUUCCAGUGUUUCAUGUUUUGUUUACUUAAAAAUUUUAAGUUACACGAAAUUUGUAAUGAAUAUUUUAACUAUAUAGUCCAAGCAGUAGAUCAGGCUCUUAGCAAGCUGUGAAAAUGGAAAAUGAAAUAACCAUGACAAAAUUUAUUUACAACAGUUGUUUUCAUUUCACCCCAGAACCUCAACUCUGGAGCCAUCAUGGCUCUCAGAAACAUCAAAAUUACUCGUGAUCUAGCCCAAACAUGUAACAAAACCCGAGCUUUCACCAAAUCCGACUUAUGCACCUUGCCGCCCCAAAAGCCAGUUGAACUUCUAGAAAAUGCACCCAAACUCCAUUCUGUGGCGUACAGUUUAAACAGUCAAUGCAAUUAUCUAAAGAAUGUCCUUCCCGAAGAAAAUGCAACUGAAAAAAAUGGCAAUAUAGGAUAUUUUCUCACGAAACUGAUAAAAGAAUCCCAACUCCCUAAGACAUGCACACAUAAAGGCACUACAAUUAACAUAAACACUGGUGAAACGGUCACUAAUACCUCCAACACUUCGUCACUUUUCACCUCCACCCGGUCCUACUCCACUGGAAAAUCGUAUAAGGGGGGAUGUAAACCAUCCGAAAGGAAAUGCAACAAAAAUUUGCCUUGUCCUGAAUUUAAGCUACCGGACUGCCCACCGAUGAAAGCACCCAAAUCAGAUUGUAGUCGAGGAUACAUGGACCCCCAUUGUACCAAGAAGAUGGCACCCUACCCAAGUUACAGUGAAUUGUGUGCCUAUCGUUUAGAAAAUGAUCCGUCAGAGUGCAAACAAUGUCCCUGGCAGAGGUGCGGUGGAGCCCACGAUAUCAAACCUCAAAAGAAAGGUUACCACACCUCUACUAGGUCGAUGAACAUGGCCAUGAUUCCCAAUAAAAGUGCUGACGCACUCUUCUUUCUUCACAAGCAGUGCGAUGCUUCAAAGGAACCCUGCAAAGAACCUCCACCGAAAUGCAAGAAGCGCGAAGUGAAGCAUGAAAAAUGCCCCGAGAAAAAGGAGAAGCCCAAGAAGAAAUGCACCAUAGACGCCUCGCCUCCUGAGGCUUGGACUAUUUCUGGCAGCAUAAGGAAUCUGGAUUUCCAGAAGUAUCAGUUCAGUAAGAUGAAAAUCGAAAAGUUGAAGGCAGAAAUCGGCGUGCCUUCGAACCUGGCCCAGAAAAUCGUGUAUGAAAUGAAAGACUGUCCCAAAGACGACUCGAAAUGCCCAACGCGAAACUGGGCACCGCCUGUAGUGGAUCACACAAUAGACGAAAGUUUCCGGCCCCAUGACCCGUGCUGCGAGGAAGCCAAGAAGGGAAGGCAGCGCCGAAGGCGGCCGAAAGUUUUCAUCCCCGAACCUAGGAACUAUAAAUAAAAAUGAAAAUGUAGUCGCUUGUGCAUGUCAAUAAAGCU